UCUCACAGCUGCGUAUAGUAUAUCGCAUGGGAUAUAGACCCAAUUUAUAAUAAGUUCCAAUUCAAUGCCCCUCCGAAAGCUGGAAACAAUCGGGUUACCCCACCUUGACAUCCCGAAUGGAAACUGACGUCUUGGAGGGGUAAAACGACAAGAUCGCCGGCAUUUUACCUUGAUAUUAUCUAAAGAAGCUCUAGAAAUCGAGUUACCCGCCCAUUGCUCCGUAGAGUGUCCGGGACGGCACAUCGAGGUACCUGGGUCUAGUGGCCAGUAGCGGAAAGGCAAAAGGUCAAGGGACCCGAAAAAGCUUUGACUAAGAAUGUUUUAUAGACGGUACAUUUUACCUCUCGAAAUAAUCCGGGUCACACCUGAGGUGAGUUUCCAUAAUAAAUUCUCGGCCGUUCUGCGCUUCUGCGUCACCGUGGAUCUAAUCUGACCCAACAUAACUGGUAUAACCCCUCCAAACGCUGCCCCCCUCCUUCUUUCAACUAUUUUUUCGUCGUUGCUGUUUUAAUUCCCUCAGACUUCUCACCAAUUUGAAAACAAACGAUACUUUUAAACCAUCACUCUUAUUUCUUACACUACCAACCCGUCCAUCUACAUCCUACAUAAACCACAUCAACCUUUCUACCUCGUCAAUUGUCCUGAAUAGUCAUAGUCAUAAUGGGGUUAAUGGAUAAGCUGAACCUCAAGCCUGGCGUUAUCUACGGCCAGGAUGUUCAAAAGGUAUUCCAAUAUGCCAAAGAGAACGAGUUCGCGCUCCCCGCCGUCAAUGUGACCUCGUCCUCCACUGUAAAUGCUGUCCUCGAAGCAGCUAAGGAAUCUCGAUCUCCUGUUGUAAUCCAAGUUUCCAACGGAGGCGCUGCCUUCUUCGCGGGCAAGUCGAUUCCCAAUGGUAACCAAGAAGCCUCCAUCGCUGGCGCUGUUGCCGCCGCACACUUCGUCCGCUCAGUUGCCCCUAUCUACGGCGUCCCCGUCAUCCUGCACAGUGAUCACUGCGCCAAGAAGCUGCUCCCGUGGUUGGAUGGUAUGAUCGAUGCCGAUGAGGCCUUCUUCAAGGAGCAUGGCACCCCUCUCUUCAGCAGCCACAUGAUCGAUCUAUCAGAGGAAGAGCUCAAGUACAACAUUGAGACAACCGCUAAAUACCUUAAGCGAUCGGCGCCGUUGAAUCUGUGGUUAGAAAUGGAAGUUGGUCUAACGGGUGGUGAGGAAGACGGUGUCAACAACGAAGACGUUGACAACAACUCCCUAUACACGCAACCUGAGGAUAUUCUUGCCAUCUACGAGGCGCUCAGCCCCAUCUCUCCCCUCUUCAGCAUUGCCGCUGGUUUCGGCAACGUCCACGGUGUCUACCAGCCUGGAAAUGUCAAGCUUCACCCUGAACUACUCGGCAAGCACCAGGCCCACGUCGCCAAGAAGCUGAACGAUGGCCAGGCCAAGCCCGUCUUCUUCGUUUUCCACGGCGGCUCUGGUUCCAGCAAGAACGAAUUCCUUGAGGCCAUUUCCCACGGUGUCGUCAAGGUCAACCUUGACACAGAUCUCCAGUGGGCUUAUCUAACUGGUCACCGUGACUUCAUCCUGAACAACAUCGACUACCUGAGGACCCAGGUUGGCAACCCUGAGGGUCCCCACAAGCCGAACAAGAAGAAGUACGACCCCCGUGUGUGGGUGAGAGAGGGCGAGAAGACCAUGAAGGCCCGCGUUAUCGAGGCUUUCGAAGAUUUCCGCACGGCCGGGAAGCUAUAAGCAAUUACCUUGGCACUUAUCGGAGUAGUGGGGUAGUGGGAGCAUCGUCAGGCAUAGUUCCGUUGACUUCUGUUACUGGGUAGCAUCGAGUAACCAAAAAUACCAAAUAAUUAACUCGAAUAUUCGUAUUCGCCUUUCGUUGUGUGGUCUGUGUGGUCUGACCUUCAUAGAAUUAGACACACUUGGUUCUAACGUGUUCAGCACAUUCUAGCCCUACGUACAAAUGUACCUAUUCCCAAGUCCCCUGUCAUACGGACGUAGCGCACCCGAAAUCUCCAACGCCGGUAGCCGAGGCCCGGAAUCGUCCAUAAUAGCCAAUAUUCGGGUCGGCAAAGAUAAUCCCAUCAACCAAGAACCUCGGAAUGAGUAGAAAACGAUUCUUAAUUCAUCCAUGGUAUAACAGACCUUCUAAAUUGUGUAGAUUUUCUAAUAGGUAGGAACUUAUGUCAGCUUGACGUUACAAAGUGUUUGCAUUAGCACAUGUGAUCCAUUAGACGCAUAAUAUGACUUUAAUAGAUAGGAUAGGAUACAUAUUUAGACUAGGUAUUUACAUAUGGGGUAGUUAGCUAUGAGUGGAUAACAGCUC